UAUCUUUACUCUAGUACAAAGACUUCAUUUUAAUGCUGGUGAACAGGAGUCAGUGUCAGUGAAUCAGUUUAAUGCAGUGUGAGGAGUUACUGCAUUCUGCUGCAGCACACAUUUAUUCUCAGAGCGAAUUCAGAAAUUAAUGGAUCAGCGAAGCAACGGACAUUCAUACUUCUAGAGCUUUUAUUGAGCUGUGAUGUAUUGGAGGAGACCUGAACUACAAAAUGAGCUUCUCUGGGGAAACACAUUUAGAGAAAGACCAGAGACACACAUCAGACACACCUGAACCCAGUUCUGUGUCUAUGAAGAGUAACAAGUCAAUGGAACCUCCAGUGUACAUUGAAGAGGGAGAGUGUUCUCCUGAUGUGAGUCUGUUUCAGACCAAGGGAUCACACUCACCUGAAACUAGCUGUGUGUCCAUGAAAAGUGAUGAGUCAAUGGAUUCUCCACUAAAAUUAGGAGACAAAGCAAGUUCUCCUGUGGAUAGGGUCCAAAGAAAAAACUCGAAUCUUCCCAGCAAUAAUCAUUUGGAGUCUAUAUUUAAGGAUCUGGAAGACAAAUUAAUCUCUCAGGUGCAGACAGAGCUGAAGAUCUACAAGAUGCUGCUGAGUGCAGAAUACUCAGUAUGCUUUGAAACAGAAGCAAAGGAUGAUGCAGAUCAGAGCUCUCCAAUAGAAGGUGUUCUAAAGAGCACCCUGAACAUCCUGAGGAACAUGGGGCACACAGACCUCGCUAACACACUACAAAUCAAGAUGGCUUCUAAAUAUCAGCAAAAACUCAAAUCCAAACUGACUGAGAAAUUUAAAAGAAUUAAUGAGGGAAUCUCGCAGCAUGGAACAUCAACCCUUUUGAAUGAGAUCUACACAGACCUUUACAUCACAGAAGGAGGAAGUGGAAAGGUUAACAGUGAACACGAGGUCAGACAGAUCGAGACGGCGUCCAGGAGACCAGCAACACAGGAGAAACCCAUCAGCUGCAAUGACCUUUUUAAAGAUAAACCUGAGAAUCAGAGAAUCAGAACUGUGCUGACCAAUGGAGUUGCUGGAAUUGGAAAAACAGUCUCUGUGCAGAAGUUCAUUCUGGAUUGGGCUGAAGGAAAAGCCAAUCAGCACAUCCACUACAUCUUCCCACUUCCUUUUAGGGAGCUGAAUCUGAUGAUGGAGAAAAAGAUCAGCCUGAUUGAACUUCUUGGUCACUUUUUCCCUGAAAUUAAAGAAUUAAGAUCAGUAAACUCUGAUGCUCACAAAAUCCUUUUUAUCUUUGAUGGUCUGGAUGAGUGUCGACUUCCUCUAGAUUUCCAGAACAAUGAGAGCUUGUGGGAUGUGACAGAAUCAGCCUCAGUAGAUGCGCUGCUGACCAACCUCAUCAAGGGGAAUCUUUUCCCCUCUGCUCUCCUCUGGAUAACCUCUCGACCAACAGCAGCCAAUCAGAUCCCACCUAAGAGUGUUGAUUUGAUAACAGAGAUACGUGGAUUCAGUGAUGCUCAUAAAGAAGAAUAUUUCAAAAAGAAAAUCAUAGACCAGACGCUGGCCAAUAGCAUCAUCUCACACAUGAAGUCCUCAAGAAGCCUCUACAUCAUGUGCCACAUCCCUGUCUUCUGUUGGAUUGCAGCCACGGUUCUAGAGAGAGUGUUGGGUGAAGCAGAGACUGGAGAGAUCCCAAAGACUCUGACUCAAAUGUUCACACAUUUCCUCAUCUUUCAGAUCAAACACAGGAACCAAAAGUAUCAUGAAAAAUGUGACCAUGAUCCUCAUGAGACUAAAGAGAUUAUACUGGCUCUGGGAAAACUGGCUUUCCAGCAGCUGGAGAAGGGCAAUCUGAUCUUCUAUGAGGAAGACCUGAGAGAGUGUGGCAUUGAUGUUUCAGACGUGUCAGCAUACUCAGGAGUUUGCACCCAGAUCUUCAAAGAGGAGUUUGGGCUUCAUCUUGGGAAGGUAUUCAGUUUUGUUCACCUGAGUGUUCAAGAGUUUCUGGCUGCUUUAUAUGCAUUUCUCACCUUCAUCAGCAAAGAUGGAACAGAACAGCUGGCCACUGAUCUCUCUGAUAUUUUUAACCAGUCCACAAUGUCAGACUUCCUCAAGUCCACAGUGGACAAGGCAUUACAGAGCGAGAAUGGACACCUGGAUCUUUUCCUUCGCUUUCUUUUGGGUCUCUCACUGGAGUCCAAUCAAAAUCUUUUACAAGGCCUUCUGACAGGAAGUAGUUUUCACAACAAAGAGGAAACAGUCCAAUACAUCAAGGAGAAGAUCAGAGAGAAUCCCUCUACAGAGAAAUCCAUUAAUCUUUUCCACUGUCUGAAUGAACUGAAUGACCAUUCUCUAGUGGAGGAAGUACAAACAUACCUGAAAGGAGGACGUUAUAUUUCUCUUAGUGAUCUCAAGCUCUCUCCUUCCCAGUGGUCAGCUCUGGUGUUUGUACUGCUAAACUCAGAUGAUGAGCUAGAAGAAUUUGACCUGCGGAAAUUUUAUCCAUCAGAGGAAGGUCUUCUGAGGCUACUACCAGUGAUCAGAGUCUCCAGAAAAGUUGUACUGCGUAACUGUAAUCUCACAGAGAAAAGCUGUGCAGCUCUGGCCUCAGCUCUCAGCUUAAACUCUUCAAGUCUCACUGAACUAAACCUGAGUAACAAUAAACUGCUGAUGGAUUCAGGAAUGAAGCUGCUCUCUGCAGGACUGGGGAAUGCACACUGUAAACUGAAGAAACUGGUCCUAAUUAACUGCAGUAUUACCGAGGAAGGAUAUAUUGCUUUGGCUUCAGCUCUAAAAUUAAAUCCUUCUCACCUGAGAGAGUUAAACCUGAGCCAGAGUAAACCUGGAUUGUUAGGUGUGAAGCUGCUGUCUGAGAUUCUGGAGGAUCCACACUGUUACCUUGAGAAACUAUUGUUGCGGAGUUGCAGCCUCACAGAGGAAAGCUGUGCAGUUCUGGCUUCAGCUCUGAGCUCAAACUCCUCAAAGUUGAAAGAACUGGAUGUAGGUAACAAUGCACUUCAGGAUUCAGGUGUGAAGGCUCUUUCUGCUGGACUGAAGAAUUCACACUGUAAACUGGAAUACCUUGGGCUGUAUUACUGCAGUAUAACAGAAGAUGGUUAUGCUGCUCUGGCCUCUGCUCUUAAAUCAAACCCUUCUCAUCUGAGAACACUGCACCUGACAUUAAAUGAUCCAGGAAAGUGUGGAGUAAAGAUGCUCUCUGAUUUACUUGAGGAUCCGCACUAUGGACUGGAAACAUUACUUCUAUCUAAUUGCAGUAUUAAAGAUGAAGGCUGUGCUGCUCUGGCUUCAGCUCUAAAAUCAAAUCCCUCUCACCUAAAAGAGCUCAAUUUGAGCCGCAGUGAACCAGGAGAUUCAGGAGUGAGGGAGCUCUCUAAUCUACUGGAGCAUCCAGACUGUGAACUGGAGAUACUACAACUGAAAUGGUGCAAAAUUACAGAGGAUGGUUGUGCUGCAUUGGCUUCAGCUCUAAAAUCAAACCCCUCACAUCUGAAAGAGCUGAUUCUGAAUGACAAUAAACCAGGAGUGUCAGGAGUUGAGCUUCUCUCUAAUUUUCUGGAGGAUCCACGCUGCAAACUGGAGAAACUGGAGCUGUGUGAGUGUAACCUCACAGAAGAAAACUGUGCGGCUCUGGCUUUAGCUCUCAACUCAAACGCAAGUUUGAGACAACUUAACCUGAGCAACAACGAAAUGCUGCAGGAUUCAGGAGUAAAGCAGCUCUCCACUGGACUGGAGAAUUCCCAGUGUAAACUGGAGAAACUGGAGCUGUAUAACUGUAGUAUUACAGAGGAAGGCUGUGCUGCUUUGGCCUCAGCUAUUAAACUGAACCCCUCCCACCUGAAAGAGCUGAACCUGAACCACAAUAAACCAGGGGAGACAGGAGUGAAGCUGCUGUCUGAACUUUUGGAAGAUCCAAACUAUAAAUUGGAGAAACUACUCAUCAAGGCACCAAUCAGCUGAGCUACCCUCAACACUCCAAGGAUUAAACAGAGAGGACACUCAGUCUGUGGUUCUACAUAGACUAUUAUGUGUAGGUUAACCACAUGAUUUUUACUGUAUAUUGCAAGCAUCGAGGAAUACAUCUCCAAUGAACACAUGUCCAGCCCUACCAGUUUGAAGUGAUGUCGCUGGUUACUGUCAUAUCUGUCUGUGGAAACUAGAGACUGGGACCAUCAACUUCAUUUGCAUCAUUAGGCUGCUAUGAACUCCUGCCACCCUCCAUUACUGAUUAUAUUUUAUUAAUAUUAUUAUGAUUACUAUGCCCAUAGUAAUCAUAAUACGAAAGUUGGGUCC